AUGCUCAAAACAAUCAAGACUCGUACCCUGGAAGUAGGUUACUACGACCAUGGCCCUUCUGCAGGCUGGCCAGUUCUUCUCUACCACGGCUUCCCCUACGACAUCCAUGCAUAUGACGAAGUAUUUCCCAAGCUUGUUUCAAACGGCGCUCGAGUUAUAAUCCCUUAUGUGCGUGGCUUCGGUCCCACGCGCUUUCUCUCCUCGCAGACUAUGAGAAGCGGCCAACAGGCAGCUCUGGGCUCAGAUGUCAUCGAACUCAUGGAUGCGUUGAAUAUCGAAAAGGCCAUACUGGGUGGUUUUGACUGGGGUGGUAUGUCCUGCUGUGUUGCUUCUGCGCUUUGGCCAGAGCGUGUUGUCGGACUUGUUUCGUAUGCAUCGUAUGAUAUUGCCGAUCUAUCAACUUACCAGAUGCCUUUUGAGCCGAGUCUCGAAUGUUCAGUUUGGUAUCAGCAUUUAUUCCAACAGGAGCGAGGGAUGAGGUGUUUGACAGAGAAUAGACGAGAUCUCUGUCGAAUACUUUGGGAACAGUGGUCACCUUCCUUCUCCUUCACCGAGUUCUUUUAUCAACGCACAGCAGAAUCGUUUGAUAAUACUGAUUUUGUUGAUGUCGUCAUACAUGCCUACAGGUUUUGCUUUGGCAAUGCACGGGGGGAUCCAGCGUUGCAAAAACUGGAAGAUGUUCUUGCUACUAAACCCAAGAUAACUGUGCCCACUGUUGCGCUUGACGGGAAGCAGGAUCCUUUGAAGAAGGGUGGUACGGCUGCGCAUAGACAGCAUUUUUCUGGGCAGUUUGAGAGGAAAGUUGUUGACGUUGGACAUGCGUUUCCCAUGGAAGCACCAGAGGAGUUUACGAAUGCUGUUUUGACUAUCCAUAGGUGGCAGAGCGGUUAA